AUGCUCCCAGCUCCAAUCCGGAGAUUCUCAACUCAUAUGGAUUUUGUUGGCCAACAGAAAGCUGAAAGAAUUAUGCAAGUAAGAAAAGUAGUCCCUGAUUACGCCAGCUAACAAUAUGUCGUCAUCUUCAUUGUUUUACAGGUGAUUCUAGUGAUCAGUGGAAUUAUUGGAUUCUUGGUCGGCUUCUGGUUCGAGAGGAUUUCUUUCAUGGUCUUCACCAUUCUCGGAGGAUCGGCUUUCGCUGGACUUAUUAUGUUACCGCCAUGGCCAUGUUUCCGGAGAAAUGCACUUAAUUGGCAACCAGCUUUGCAGUAAGUAUCAAUUUCUUAAACAUUUGUACGUUUUAGGCCUGAUGAUACACAGAAGAAGGAAAAAGAGGAAGGUAGCAAGAAAAAGAAGAAUUAAUUCCCAUUGUGGUUGUUUAUUCGAUUAUUUAUUAAUAAAAUAUUUGGUAGAUAACUCUAGCUUUUCUUUCUUUGGUUUUAAUCCAACGGAAUAUAACAAAAGAAACGAACAUAAAGUAAUGUAACUUCUUGGUGUAUGAAAAGUUAAACUGUCCUUUUAAAGAUGUAUCGUCUACCAACGGCGUUACUGCGAUAUGGAAUGAGGUCAACAGGAAGUUAUGCGAGGAGAGCAGGUGUUUCUAAUUGGAUUUUUAUGAAUAAAAAAUUGGGCUAUAAUAAUAUACAGCCAAAUGUAGUAAAUCGACGUCUCUUUUCAUCGGACUCAAAUGAAGGCGGAGAUGGAAAUGGAAAGGAGGGGAAGCCUGAGGUUGAGGAGACGGCUCUCGAGCACACUCCCGUCGACUUUGUUUCUCAAGUAAGGUUAUCUUGUUUCCCUGUUGUAUUAGUCAUAUUCAGGUUUUGUCGCCCGUUUCAUUCCCAGAACACUUUCCAAAUGUUCCAGUAAUUGCUAUUAACCGUUAUCCUCUUUUUCCAGGUUUUAUCAAGAAGGUCGAUGUAAGUUUUUCUUUAUAGUCGUCAUUUUUGCAUUCUUAGAUCGUUGAUGAAACACUGAAAGAUCUUAUUCGGAGGAAAGUCCAGCUGAGGCAACCAUACGUUGGGGUGUUUGUAAAAAGAAAUGACGAGUAAGUAUUAUACUUUUCUUACAUAUCAAAAAACAUUUUAGAAGUUCUAAAAGCACAGUCGCCUCAUUAUCAGAAGUCUAUCAUACAGGGUCGUUUGCACAUAUCAUGGAAAUGCGGGAUCAUGGAUCGUAUCUGGAGCUGGUGUUAAAUGCUCACAGAAGGAUUAGGAUUCUAGAGAAACUGGACGACACUUCGGUCUUGGAUUCUGAAGCCACAAAGGGUGUAUCGAAAAUAAAUGGGAGGAGGGUGAAGAAAGUAAAGGACGACAGGAAGAAGAAGGAAAUUCCGGAGGACCCUGUUCAUUCUGGAGAUGCCAAAAGUUCAGAGAAAUCGGAUAAGCUUGUCUUUGCAAAAACUGAAAAUGUCACCAUUGAGAACAUUGAGAGGACGGUAGAGAUGAAGGUUUGUGACCUUGCCAUUGUGGAUGAUACAGUUUAUUGGAGCUAUUGAGUUUAACAAUGUUUUAGGCAUCAAUGCAAGCGAUUGUCCAGACCGUCCGUGAUAUCGUCCAAUACAGUCCUCUCUUCGCACAGCAAAUUAAUCUUCUUUUACAUCCCAAUCAAAAUGUAGUCGAGAACCCUGUUUAUUUAUGUGAUCUGGUGGCUACUCUUGUUCAGACCGUUGAAACAGAAGAUCUUCAACAAAUGAUGGAGGAGACUAAGGUAAAUCUUUGUUAGAUUUUUUUCUUAUGCGUUUAGAUCCAAAGAAGACUAGAACUGGCUUUGGAAUUUCUGGAAAAAGAGAAAACGGUCGCCAAACUGAAGCAUGACAUAAACAAGGAUGUCGAAAAAAAGGUCCAAGAACAACAUAGGAAGUAUCUGUUGAACGAACAGGUAAAAUUCGUUAUAUGUAUUGAUGUGAUGAUGAUUAAUAUGUUUAACUUGCUCUUUGAAGUUGAAAGCCAUCAAGAAAGAGUUAGGUCUCGAGAAAGAUGACAAACAGACAAUCGUUGAGAAGAUGGAAGAGCGUCUUAAGGGUCUAAAUGUGCCUGAAUACGCAAUGAAGGUGAUCAAGGAAGAACAACAAAAGAUGAGCUUCUUGGAUCCUCAUUCCAGCGAGUUCAGUGUUUGCAGGUAUGACAUUAACAACUUGACAUUCCAUUUAUCUAGAAAUUACCUUGAUUGGCUGUGCAAUAUCCCCUGGGGCAAGACAGCCGAAGAAAACCUGGAUUUAGUAAAGGCGGAGCAAAUCUUAAAUGAGGAUCAUUAUGGAAUGAAAGACGUAAAAGAUCGAAUCCUUGAAUUCAUUGCUGUCGCCACUCUCAAAAAGUCAGCCGGUGGCAAGAUCCUCUGUUUCCAUGGGCCUCCGGGAGUUGGUAAAACAAGUAUUGCCAAGUCCAUCGCCCGAGCUCUGAAUCGAGAGGUAAGGGUAAUGUUUUGAAGGAUUUGUUUCUUCAGUACUUCCGUUUCUCCGUUGGUGGAAUGACUGAUGUUGCUGAAAUAAAAGGACAUAGACGAACUUAUAUUGGAGCUAUGCCCGGAAAGAUGAUCCAAUGUUUGAAGAAGGUCCAGGUGGAGAACCCUUUGGUUCUAAUCGAUGAGGUCGAUAAGAUUGGAGGAGCAGGUAAGUUAUUUUUACUUUAUUCACCUCAAACAAAUUUGAAAUUACUAAUUUGGUUUAUAUUUUAGGUUAUCAUGGGGAUCCGGCCUCAGCUCUCUUAGAGUUGCUGGAUCCAGAACAGAAUGCCAACUUCAUGGAUCACUUUCUGGAUGUUCCUGUUGAUUUAUCCAAGGUCUUGUUUAUCUGCACGGCGAAUGUGAUUGAUACUAUUCCCAGCGCUCUUAGAGAUCGAAUGGAAUUAAUUGAAGUAUCCGGUUAUGUUGCUGAGGAAAAGCUGAGCAUCGCUAAAAGUUAUCUUAUCCCGCAAUGCAGGGAAUUGUGGUAAGCUUUAAGUACCUGUUAUUGGAGAUCACAUUGCUUUAGUUCAUUGAAUGAAAAGGAACUGGUUUUAUCAGACGAAUCAUUGGAAACCCUUAUCAAGCAUUAUUGCCGGGAAUCUGGAGUUAGAAAUCUUCAAAAACAUAUUGAGAAAAUCUUCAGAAAAGCAGCCUAUGAGCUGGUUAAAGCCCGCUCUACGAAUGAAGAAAAGGAUACUGUGGUUGUUACAAAUGAGAAUCUCAGCAAGUUCGUCGGAAGAGAGAAGUUUACCAGUGACAGAUUAUACGAACAAACACCACCAGGUGUCAUCAUGGGAUUGGCCUGGACCGCUAUGGGAGGAUCUGCAUUGUAUAUCGAGGCAUCUUUGCGAAGAAGAUAUAUCCCCAAUCAAAUUGUGGAUGACAAGGAUAAGGCUAAGUCUCCGGAAGGGUCUCUGGAAGCUACCGGUCAUCUGGGCGAUGUAAUGAAGGAGUCUAUGAAGACUGCUUACACCGUAGCCAAAAAUCAGAUGCUCAAAAAAUUCCCAGAGAAUAUGUUAUUGGAGCAAGCACAUAUCCAUGUCCAUGUCCCAGAAGGAGCCACCCCCAAAGAUGGGCCUUCUGCCGGUUGCACGAUCACCACUGCUCUCUUAUCAUUGGCCUUGAAUACGCCCGCCAAACAGAACAUCGCCAUGACUGGAGAAAUUUCAUUAACCGGGAAAGUACUUCCAGUCGGUGGAAUCAAGGAAAAGAUCAUUGCUGCAAAGAGAUCUGGAGUCAAUACGGUUAUCUUGCCAGCUGAAAACAAGAAAGAUUACGAGGAUUUGGCCGAUUUUGUCAAGAGUGACGUCACAAUACACUUUGUCGAGCACUAUGACGAUGUAUUCAAGAUAGUAUUCCCCGAUCUGAAUUAG